AUGGUUUUAUUGUGUAUCAAACGUGGUGAUGAAAAUCAAUUUUUGAUUGAGACCAAACUCAGCCAACCUAUUGAAACUGUGAAUGAAGAAGUAGCAUCGAUAUACAAUGGUCGCCUUAAAAUAAGUCGAAUUUGUUCUGAAAUGGAAGACUUGUCAAAUCAUGGUAUUUCGUUACCUCCAAAUAUGGUGGGUCUCACGGAUGAGCAAAUCGAAGAGCUACAUUUAAAAGACGAAUUUUCCGAGUCAUGCUACCCAUCAGGCGGAUUUGUGAUGAAUAAAGAUCCAACAGGACGUCGAAAUGGUCAACAGCCUCUUGCAAAUAUGCAGCAAAUACUUAAGAAUGCAAUUGCAGAAGCUAAAAAUUUGGUAACGAAAAAACUUGUCGGCGAAAAUAAGUGUCUUACACAUGGUGACGUACAAAAAGCUCUUGAUAUCCUCAAAGGUGCUACACGCAUUUGCUAUCCGAUGGAUAUUCCCAGUUAUGAUCCCAUCAAGAUGGAAUUCAUGAAUAUUGAGGAUCUGCAUGGCAAGCAGGCAUCCCUAGAGGUAAUAGAACCAUCAUGUUGCCAACUAUGGUUCGCUGGUCGUUUGUUAUUGCCGGGAAAACUACUGAAGGACUUCAUGGGUAACAACGAAAAAAGCAAGGUAAUUGUCAAAAUUGCAAGAAAACAAGAAGGAGCACCAAGUAGAGAGCUGCCAAUUACUGAAGAACAAAGGAAACAAAUGAUGCUAAUGGCAUACCGGCGACAAGAAGAACUCAAAAAGUUGGAGCAAGACGAUGAUGAUAUUUAUCUCAAUUCCAGUUGGAGUGACAGUAAUAGCAUGAGAAAACACGUUCACGGUUUAGAAAAUGUUAAAUUUAAAUUUUGA